UGGGGGGGGGUUAAAUUGGCAUAUUAAUAAUACUCAGUAUUGUAUCUAUUAUAUAGUACAUACCGUAUGAAUAUAUGUUUAUCUGCCUUUAUACAAUGGUUCUACAUUAUACAUACGUCGUGUCCAAAUAAUGACAUUUGAAACAAUUUGAAACCCGCAGACCCCGCAAAAUUUUUAAUUCUCCAACGUAAACAAAAGCAACGUAAAAUACAAAAGGAAAGAACUCAGUGUUUUAAAACAAAAUACUGACCAUAAUAAAUAGUGUAUUCAAACAAAAAAAAAGCAAAUUUGAAGUGAUUUUCGAUAACACAUAGAGAGCUUGUAAUAUAUAUUUCAUCAUGGAUUUGGAUAAUGAUUUUGAUCAACAUUUAUUGCAACAAUUUAGUUGCAUGGGUACAACAGACAAAGAUGAUUUGGUCAAACAACUUCAAAGGUUAUUAGCAGGUAGUCAAUUAAAUGAAGCGACUGCUACUUUUUUUUUGGAUAUGAAUAAUUGGAAUUUACAAGCAGCGAUUUGCAGUUAUUUUGAUUUUGAGUCACCUUUCAAACUUCCUAGUAUGACUUUAGUGUGCGACUGUACAAUUGGUGAAGGUGAAUCAGUAUCACCAAAUACGAAAUUUCAAAAAUCAUGGAGAGUGCAAAAUUCAGGUAGUGAAUCAUGGCCAGAAGGAAUUUCACUUCAGUAUACCGGAGGUGUUGUUAUGGGAGAUUGUACGAGAAUUGAAGUACCAGCACUCGAACCGAAAAAAGUGACGGAAAUAAGUGUUAUUUUAACAAGUCCAAAUGAAUUAGGGGUUUAUCAAAGCAAAUGGAGAAUGAUGACAUCCACUGGAUCCUAUUUUGGAGAUAUCAUUUGGGUUAUCAUUACUGUAAGUGAAGCUGGAACUCUUGCAGUUACACAACAACUCCAUCAAUUAUCAACUUCACAAUCCAAUGAUAUUCAGAUGUCUUAGCCUUUAGUAUUAACUUGAGAUCAAUUAUUUUAUAAAAUAUAUUAAGAAAAAAAUAUAUGAAAGGUGAAAGUGAAUGAAAUAACAACGAAUUAUUUAU